AGGAGAUGGGCGUUUUAUGGAACACGCGCAUGCAUUAUUCUAGCAUUUAGUGCAGUGCACUACUGUACAUGUACAUGUACCAAAGGGGAAAAAUUAGUUUGCUGGUUGAGACUUGAUGUCUGUUGGUGAAUAAAUUCAUUCGUGUUAAUGUUAGAAGUGGAUUUGUUCUUGAAUAGUGCAUGAUUUUUUACUGUAGAUUUACCUUCCUCUUGUAGAAAAGAGAGGGUGUGUGCUUAUUUUAGGCCAGCUCAUUGUUUAUCAGCUCUGCGUUAAUCAUUUGUGUUGGUCCGAGGCGCGUAGCGGACACUGUUGUUUGAGUAGCACGGAAGAAAAUCUGCACUGCCUUGAUCAGCUGGGCUUUGAGGAAGGCAAACGAAGCCCCCAGCCUGCCCCAGGGACCUUGCGCAGCUCUUCCUGUGUGGUUGGACAGCCUUGCUAGGCCUCGGUCAUGCAUGGGUUAGAACGACGUCCCCAGUUCACUCAGGCUUUCCCCUUCCUCAAACUCGCCGGGGGAUGAACUGGUAAUGCUCACUCUAUAAAAGCACACAUGACCGAGCACUAACUUGCAUUUGCGGGCAGGCCAGCUGUUUCGAGCUGGGGCUAUUGUUAUCAUUUUUUUUCCCGGGGAAUAAACUUUUGGUGGUGGUGUUCAAUGGUCUCAUUUACAUGUACCGGUAAGAGAAUCGGACCAACUCUGCACCCUUGGACAACCAGUCCCGACGAGAGCCUGAAUCGUCAACUUUGACUCGAUCUUCAUCUUGCUUGGCUGUACGGUCGUGAUCAAGCGAUUUUUUAUUUUUUUUCACAUGUAUGUUCCGGAGCCCAGAUUUGGCCUUAAUGAAAUGCCAUUCGAGAGGCUAAAGGUUGUGGCAGCUAGACAGGCUAGCCCCUGGAUGCAUACAGUGUUGAACUUGUUUGCGGCUGCGCAGAAUGGUCGAGAUGAAAAGGCAAAAGAUUUGUUCAUCGACGUCUUCCUUCAGAGCAAUCGAUUAGACCAUCUGACGACGGUGAUGGGCCUACACCCCAGCUACCUGGAGGCAUUCCUCCGGACGCAGGACUUCAUUCUCCGCGGAGACGGCCCCUUGCCAUUUAACUACAGACACUUCAUUGCAAUAAUGGCGACGGCGCGACACCAAUGCAGCUACAUUGUCAGGUUACAAGAGAAUGAGUUCCUGGCACAAGGGGGAGAUCCGGAGUGGCUCAGAGGGCUGCCCUUCAUCCCAGACAAGCUCCGGCGGCUGGCGGAACUCAUCAAGCUCCUGGUGCACCAGCCCUGGCUCAUCACCAAAGAGCACUUGGAGGAUCUCUUGAAGGGUCCGUCUAGCUGGGCACUAUCAGAGCUCGUACAAGCCAUCGUUCUUACCACCCACUUCAGCUCGCUGGCCGGGAUGGUGUUUGGCUGCGGCAUCAACCCAGAGAUUGAUAUGGAGGGUGGCCACACUUGCAGGCCGCCCUCGCUUGGUGACGAUCCAGGCAGUCCGUCCAACAACAAUUAUUCAGAGGAAUUGGAAGGAGCAAGUAGCAAUGUGGAGACUCUGAUGCAGAAGCUGAGGGAGCUAGAGGAGCAGACGGAACCCGACGAGACCCUGGAGGAGAAACUGAGGAAGUUUGAGAAGGUGGAGAAGCAGAACGUUGAACUGUCGCCGCCCUGCGAUGAGACCUGCCAAGACACAGCGGACCUGUCCCAUUACAUCAUUGAUCCUGAGUUCAAGUACCAGGACUUUGCCAAGAGAGGGGAGGUAUCACAAAUACCCACGUUCAAAGCGCAGGAUUAUUCUUGGGAGGACCAGGGAUUCUCGUUACUUAAUCGUUACUACCCAGAUGUGGCGCCCAUGUUGGAUGACAAGUUCAGGCUCGCUUACAGUUUAACCUACAACACAAUGGGCAAGAAGGAACAAGUGGACACCUCCCUCCUGAGGCGAGCCAUCUGGAAUUAUAUUCACUCCCUCUACGGCAUCCGCCACGACGACUACGAUUACGGGGCCGUCAACACGCUGAUGGACCGGGCCCUCAAGACCUACAUAAAGACGGUCUGCUGCUACCCGGAGAAGGUCACCCUCAGCCACUACGAAUCCUUCUGGAGGGAUUUCAAACAUUCUGAAAAGGUGCACGUCAAUCUCAUGGUGCUGGAAGCCAAGAUGCAGGCUAGUCUCCUCUACAGCCUGCGGGCGGUCAUGUGGCUCUAUACCAGAUGACGCAGCUGGCUUCCAAAUGACUCCUCGGAAGAAAAAACUGCCACCCGCCACCAGUCUCUGUAUGAUAAUAAGAAAAACCAAACUUCCUGAAACAGCUGAUUGACUGUUGGCUCUUCUGGUUCCAGAGGAAGCCGUCCUGUUUAAACAUACCUGCCUGAAAGCAAUACUGUGUUCAUGUACAUGUAGUUUUGAAACCUGCGAAUUUUCUUCCCCUCUGCAGGGUAAAUGGCUUAUAAACAGGUUUAAUGAGGGUUAGGGUUACAUGGUUUUAAAAAACAACAUCACUGUUACAUAUAGAUCUUCCGGGGUGCUUUAUUCCCAAAGAUGUGUUGCAAAGCUUGAAGAUUGGCUGCGGCUGUGGCUAUUGGCUCUUGUCUGUCAGUGCAGAGAACAAAAGUCGUAGCCACAACACAGCUGGCUUGGAGGUAGCCCAGUCUCGUGUCCUUGUACAUGAGGCAUGGACGAGAGCAGAUACUGUUCAGAGCGGCUUUUAGCCAAUCAGCUGUCAUCCUGCUCCGCUCGCAAGCUUUACAACCAAUCAGGGGCCACUUGUGACUUUCUCAUGUAAGUGAAUCUCAGUUCAAAUGCGUUGAUGUGUGUGCGCGCUUGUAAAUAAUUGGGAAUUCCCUCUCUUCGGUCAAACCGGAAAGGAAUGCCGCCUGCCCGCAACGAGUAAAUUGUUGUUGAAUGUUGAGUUUGUACAUUGUUCAGAUGAGGAAUGGCACUAUAAACUAGUUGAACUAAAACAAAAUAAUUGAACUUGCGAAUUCCUGGCUUGUGCUACCUUUAGCUUGUUAUGUUUGCCUGGUGGAUCGUCCUUUCCUGUUUUAAAGAAAUAAUGAUAAAAAUCAUUACAAUUGUAAGUAAACAACAGUUUGUUAAAGCCAGCAUUAGUUGAAAUUUUAAAACCCGUAAGCAACUGUUUACACAUGAUUAAAAUCGUUCCACUGAUUGGACUUGUCUAUAUGCAUAUAUCCUACGAUCCCAUUACAAAAUCUUAUAUUGCCCUCUUGUAUUUGUUGUAUCCAUUAAGAGCUGUACAGUUGUUGUAAACAGUUUAAAAAAAAAAAAUCUCCACGUAAACGUGGUUGUUUAGAGUUGAUCGAAGCACAGGUGUAUAGAACGUACAGUGCCAGUAUUUGUGUUGUUACAAAGUUUGAUCAUCAUGCAUCUCUGUUUGUGUUUCUUGUUCGAGAAGGGGAACGCCUUUGUCGUGAAAUAUUUUUUGACUGAAAAUGCUUUUGCAGUGCAUUGGGGGACAUUUGUGGCAUUGGUUUUUAUUUUUUUUUUGAGUGUGAGUGCCGUUUGGAUGGCUGGUACUGCUCUUUGGACAUCGUACGUGUGCACGUAAAAUGUUGACCUGAGUUUAUCACAUCAUCAGAACGGUGGUGGUUAUUCCUUUUUUUGUGUUAUUUUUGAAAUGUGCAAUUUCUGCUCGACAAAAUGUGUUCAAGUGUUUUACUGUAAAGCUUGUGGCUCGUUAUUACCACAGCAGAGGAUAGGACUGAUCAAAUUACUGGCAAGGUUGCCAGUUAAUCUUUGCUCCAAACACUCCUCGAUCUGCUGGAGCACCUCGAGUGCGGAGCAUUGCUUUCCCCUGUUGAUCCCUUCUCUCGUGGUAUUUUCAGUCAAAGAAUAUCAUCAUUGAAGUCUUCUGGGGUUUGGGUUACAGGGAGUGUUCGUGUUUUGGGGGUUUUUUUUUUAUGAGAAAGAUCACAGACUUCGUGUUUAAUAACGGUGCAGUUAACAAUGUGUUAUUUUGUUUGUACAUACAAGAGCCUGUACAGUGUUCUGCUUGACAUGAUGUAUAGCGACAGUGUUCAUAUCUGUUAUUACCUUCAGCAUUGGGUGUUUAUAGCCGGGAAAGGGGAAUAUGGGGGGGCGUGAGGGCAGGAAUCCGGGAUUCCUUAUUUAUUGCCAAAUAUGCAGAUUUCAACCAAUCAUUGAAUUAUUGAAGAAUUGUUGCAGCUGUAUAAAUCAUAAAUAUUGCUCUCGUUAAAAAGUUGUUGUGAUUGACUUUAAUUGCCCAAAUGAACAAAAACUUUCUGUCGAAGGGCCCCGGCGGAUGUAUCCCAAUUAUCCAGUGGUGUCUUCAUUUGUUGGUUACCAUUGGGCUUUGGGUUUCACAGCGUCUGGCUUUUUUUGUGUGGGGGAGGGGGGGUUGGUCAAUGAAUGUAAGGCUGCGGAUGACAGAUUGUGUCGGUUGUAAGUGGGGCGAGAUUGCUUUCGUCAAAUUCCUCCCGAGGUUGAGUAAGCAUCCGGAUGGAAUGCUGCAGGGAGAGGGUUGAUGUCGGAAGGUGAUGUUUGUUUUUUUGUUUUUUCUUCAGAGCUUUGAAUAAAGGGAACAUUUGGGUUGAGCUUCAUAUUGCAUGGUAAUUGAAACGUCAUAAGACCCAUCCUACUGAUACAAAUUACGUUUACUGGUGUCGACUUUUUAUCGUCAGUGAGUCGAGAUGUAUGCUCUGGUACCUUGUGAUUAUCUAGAAUCCUAAAUUUGUUGCAUGUUUGUCCAGGCACUAGUGUUUGGCAAAGCAUGAGCACUUCGUUCGCGGAACAAACUAUGAUUAAGCUUCAUCUUACAAUGAGUACCUCUGUGAUUUGUUAUAGAACCAAAGAUAUAACUCGGCGAUGUGUUGUGGCAGAUUACGACCAUACUUGGCAGUCAGUCAUUUUUUAUUUUUAUUUUUUUCUUUGUGUGUGUUUCAUUUCUGCUUUUUUGACAUCUUGUUACGCUUUGCCAGCAUGUGUUUAACGAACCCAUUCCUCUGAAAAGGCAUUUAAAAGAUGAAGAAUAUACUUUCCAAUUUUCACUUAUGCUGCAAGUUGGCUUACGAAGUUUCCUGGGUCCUUUUGUGCCGUGCUCUAGUGUACAGUGUUCAGGUGUAGGCCAACUAAUAGGUGUAUAGUUGUUGGAGACACUUAUGUUUCAAAAGAAUCAGAGAUGAUGUUCAUUUGGAGGGGUGGGUCAACAGGGGUCACAUUAAUUCAAGGCUGUUCUGACCCACAUCCCAGGGCCUGGUAAGUUAGGUGUGGGUAUCACAUUUGAGGGACAACAGUAUUAUUGUGAUAGCUGGAGAUUUUCCAAUCAAGGACCUGCAGACUGGAGUGGAGUCUAUCCCUAGCAUGGGACACUUGGUCACCAACAAACUAAAGUUUGUCUCAUAUCAUUGUAGAUUAAAUAGAUACUGACUGGCUUGAAUUUUUAUGACAAAAAUACAUUGUUAUUGUGCGUUCAUUUGUUUACCUUGAUCGGUUAUUUUUAAAUGGCAUUUCUGAAACUGCAACACCAAAUUAUAUAUUAUAUAUAUAUUUAAUAAUAUUGUUUAUGAAAAUGUUAUUGCUUCAUUUGUAUGUUUGAUAAUGAUUUACAAGUUUGUUUUUUUAUGUUGUGGCAUGCCAAAACUCAUUUUCCAUGUACGCUUAUGUCAUUUUGUCCAUUAUCCAGCAGGCAAAACUGAUUAACUUUUGUUCUACGGAUAAGUUUAGCUCUUAUCUUCGCACUUCUAACAGUAUUCAUCAGAAAGGUUAACUUCUCAUCGAACAUUCGGUAUUAAUGUUUAGGUUCCAACAGCAGAGUUUCAUAUUGGUUUGUUCUGUUUGUUUUGAUUUUUGGAGCUACGUUUUGGUCCACCAUUCCACCAAUAUUUCUGCUUUGUUCCCAAAUAUUUCCUUAACAGAAUACUGUGAAAUAAAAGUUGAGGCUAAAUGUCAA